AUGGCCCCAUCGGGCCUUCCCGCCGUCUCAUCCAUCGAGACAUCAUGCACGGUGCUCUUCCAUACCGAAAAGGCAUCUGCAGUGCAACAGGAAGAAAUCAUGAGGGAUUUGGAGAAUCCGGACGUGAAGUACAAAAUUCAGGCCUUGAAGCAGACCAUCAUGCUGCUCCUGUCAGGAGAGAAUCUGCCACGCGUUUUGAUGAGCGUGAUACGGUUCUGCAGUAGCACAAAUGAUCACUUGCUCAAGAAGCUUCUGAUGCUUUACUGGGAAGUGGUUCCCAAGUACGACGGAACGUCCAAAAAGCUCUUGAGUGAGAUGAUUCUCGUGUGCAAUGCCCUCCGGAACGACCUCAACCACCCCAACGAGUACGUCAGAGGCUCCAUGCUCCGUUUUCUCUGCAAGUUGCGCGAGCCCGACCUUUUGGAGCCCCUCAUCCCCUCCAUCAAAGCCUGUCUGGAGCACCGUCAUUCCUACGUGCGGAAGAACGCGGCCUUGGCCAUUCUGAACAUCCAUCGCCACGUGUCCUCCGACCUUGUCCCAGACGCCCCGGAACUCAUGCAACAAUUCAUUCAGACGGAGACCGACAGCGGCGCACGUCGCAACGCUUUUCUUUUCUUGUGCUCUGAGGCUGAGCUCGUGGCCAUCCAAUUCUUGACGGAGCACUUGGACGAGGUUCCCAGGUACGGAGACGGUUUUGCCCUCCUUGUCUUGGAGUUGACCCGAAAAGUUUGCCGAAAAGAUCCGGCGCAGAAAGCCCGAUUCGUGCGGGCGCUCUUCAACCUGCUGCAGUCGGACAGCGCCGCUGUCUCGUACGAAGCGGCUUGGACGCUGGUUUCCCUUUCUUCCGCCCCGACCGCCGUUCGGGCCGCUGCCAGCACGUACGCUCAGCUUCUCAACAGUCAAAGCGACCACAAUGUGAAGCUCAUCGUGCUGGAGCGUCUCGCCAGCCUCAAACAAGGACACACUCGGGUUGUCCAGGAGAAUUUGAUGGACAUCUUGCGCGCCUUGGGGUCGCCGAACCUGGAUAUAUGCCGGAAGACCCUGGAGGUGGCCAUGGACCUCGUCAGCCCCCGCAACAUCGAAGAAGUGGUGGUAGUCUUGAAACGCGAAGUCCUCCGCACACAGGAGGGGGAACAGGAGAAAGCCACCGUGUACCGCAGCAUGCUGAUUCAAGCCAUCCAUACCUGCGCCGCCCGCUUUCCAGAAGUGGCCGAUGCCGUCGUCCACGUGCUCAUGGACUUCCUCUCGGGAGACGGGGCCCUGGACGUGAUCGUCUUUGUCCGGAGCAUUAUCGAGCAAUACCCGGCCUUCCGCCCCUCCAUCCUGAACAAGCUCUUGCAGUCCUUCGCCUACAUCCAAGGGAACACCGUGCUGGGGGUCGCGGUCUGGAUUUUGGGGGAGUAUGCGAUGGAGCCCACCCUCCGAAAGGAAGCCUUUGACUGCCUGUUGGCCAACGCCGGGCAACCCCCUUACCUGCCAAAAUCAACGCCUGCCAUGAAAGAGGGUGUGGGGGAGGGAGGGAGGGAAGGAGGCAAUGCGCCAGGGCAGCAGUUGGUGAGCAAGAGUGUGGUUUUGGCGGAUGGAACCUACGCGACACAAGUGGCCAUGGUCCCUGUUCCUGGAGGGGCGGGGAGUGGGAAGCUGGGCGCCGAGGACAAGUCGUCGCCUGCCUUCCGUCGAGCGCUCUUGGAGGGGGACGUGUUUCUGGGGGGGUUGCUGGUGUCCUCUUUGACGAAAUUGACGGUGCAGGCAUUGGAGACGGCGGGGCCGUUAGACCCAGAAUGCAAGGAGAUGCAAGCCAAGACCUUGCUCGUGGCGUGCGGGGUGGGGAGGAUGGCGGAGGUGAAAGCCCAGGGGAAUGUAGGCGCUUACGCGGAUGUGUUGGAGCGGAUCACCGUCUGUGCCCGUGUCUUGCUGGACCCCGACUCCCUGUCCCUGGUGAAAGAUACGCUCCUGACCAAGUGCAAGAUGAGCUAUGCUGCAUUCUUGAAAUUCAAACAGGAAGAAGCGGCCAAGUCGGACAAGGCUCGGCAGGGGGAAAAGGAAGGGGGAUUGAGUGCCUUACCCGACGCGCUCAUCAACUUCAGGCAACUAAGGCAUUUCGGAGUGCAAACGGGAGACUUCGAUUUAUAUGACGGAGAGGACAUCCAACGGGCCACGGGCGCCGGGGCGGUGAAAGACGAGGUGGGCGAUUGGAGCAAGCGGCUGGCGCACGUGUAUCAAUUGAGCGGUUUAGCAGACCCGGUGUACGCGGAGGCCUACGUAACUGUGCACGACUACGACAUCGUCUUAGAGAUCCUGGUCAUCAACCGGACCAAGGCGACAUUAACGAAUCUGACGGUGGAGCUCGCGACCAUGGGGGAUUUGAAGCUGAUCGAGCGGCCCCAGUCUCACACCAUCGGCCCGCAGGACCAGCGGAUCAUCCGGGCGAACAUCAAGGUCUCGAGCACGGAGACGGGCCAUAUCUUUGGGACGAUCGUCUACGAGAACAGCAGCACGGCCGAGAAGGGUACUGUGAAUCUGAACGACAUUCAGAUGGACAUCAUGGAUUACAUCCGCCCUGCCUCCUGUUCAGACGAGGCCUUCCGGGCCAUGUGGGCGGAGUUUGAGUGGGAGAAUAAGGUUGCUAUCAACACCACCUUUUUGGAUUUGCAAGCUUUCCUCACGCACGUGGUGAGCAGCACGAACAUGGAAUGCCUGACACCAACCUCCUCCCUGUCCGGCGAGUCUGCCUUCUUGGCGGCGAAUUUGUACGCGAAGAGCGUUUUCGGGGAAGAUGCUUUGGUCAACUUGUCCGUGGAGAAGAAGGAUGACGCGGACGGUCGUCUGAGUGGUUACGUGAGGAUCCGCAGCAAAACUCAAGGAAUUGCCUUGUCCUUGGGGGAUCGUAUCACGGCGAUCCAGCGGGUGGGCGACGUGCAGGAGGAAAUUGCGGCGUAGGAGCCAUGCCCGCGGGAAACGGGGGAUAUGAACGGGGGGUUGGAAGUACGUGCGAAGGGCGGAGAAAGGGAAGCGCUAAUGUGGGGAGGAGAGGGGAGGGCUGGCUUGAGGAAGACAGGAACGAAGACGCGCGUUUCGAAAAUGUGGCGAGGAGAGAGACAGAAAGAUUUGGAGGGAAUUGAGGUAACAAAUUGAGGAAUGCCGUCCCAGCCAUUUGGAUGACGGAGAUACGAGCAAUAUGAAGACUUUUGUUAGCACGGAGCACAUGCCCGCUUUGUCUUCGACGCG